AAUUAUUUUCUUAAGAUCAGACGGUGAUUAGAGAGCUUCGUUCCGAAAACUCGUUCCCAGGGACCAUUUAUAAUCCCUAACCGAUAUACCUACACGCCAAGCACAUUGCUUUCUUUUCAGGCGCUCUCGCUCUCUCCACUUGAAUCGGCAAUCGCUUGGAAAAUAUUCAAAUUGCAAUGGCGAUGAGGAUGGCUGCAAGAUUUGUAUCUCGGAGGUUUUCUAGUGGUGGAAAAAUUCUUAGUGAGGAGGAAAAAGCUGCAGAAAAUGUUUACAUUAAGAAACUUGAGCAAGAGAAGCUGGAGAAGCUUGCAAGGAAGGGCCCAAAACCAGGAGAAAAACCUGCCACAAGUUCAGGAGGAUCAGUCACUGAUGCCAAACCAACCAGUUCUUCCUCCUCCUCCUCAACAUCUGGAGUAUCGAAUGACAAGUACCGGAACUAUGCAGUUUUAGCUGGAACUAUCACUGUUCUUGCUUCUGUUGGAUGGUACCUCAAAGGUAGUGAAAAGAAGCCCGAAGUCCAGGACUGAGAGAGAGAGAGAGAGAGGUUAAUGUGCUUUUAAUAUGAACAGUCAAAAGAGUUGACAGAGGAAGAAGUAUUUUACAUUUACUUUCUAAAUCUUCUUUUGUUUCAGUUAAAUAAAAUUCAUCAACUUCACUAUGCUCCA